AUGUUCGAAGAAAAUUUAAUAAAUGCAAUUGAAAAGCACCGGUGUAUCUGGGACAAAAGCCUGUUGUGUUACAGGGAUAAAAACAAAAAAGACAUGGCCUGGCGCGAUGUGUCUGCUGUUGUUGGGGAAUCUGAGGCUGACUGCCGCAAACGGUGGAAAUCCUUGCGUGACCGCUUUACUAUUGAGUUGAAGUUGCAGCACCAGCCAAGUGGAAGUGCUACUUCGUUCAGGAAGAACUGGGCUUAUUUUGAUACUCUGUCUUUUUUAAAAGGAACUGUUGCACCCAGAAACACAACCACCAACAUUACUACCGAAAUAGAAGACUCUGGGUCUUCAUUUGCGUUUGACUUCAACGAAAGUGGCAAUCUAGUUUUAAAUAGUCAAACAGAAGACUCGGAACCUGUUCCUCCUAAACGUAAGAAGCGAAAUGAAGAUCAGGACAGCAGCUUGAAUUCAUUAGUUGAAGAU